UCGAUCCAAAGCGAAAAAACUCUAGCACGGCCUAAAUCACACGCUGCAUGCUUAGAGAUUUCCUUAUAAAUAUUCAAGACAUUCCAAUUGUCAGUCAUUGCCUAACAAGAGGGAUCGAAUAAGCAGCGAUGGCUACGGAGUUGGAAGAACGAUUUGCAAUUUACGCAUUCAAUGCGGGCCUUUUGGUCAUCAAGCUUUUCGUCGUGGCUUUUUCCACUGGAGUUGUCCGAGGAUCGAAAAAGGUUGUUUUGAAUGAGGAAGAUUCAAAACGAAAGGGGAUGGAAAUGUCCACAGAGGAGCAUCCAGCCGUUGCAAGAGUAAAAAGGGCGCAUUUGAAUGAUUUGGAGAACAUUCCCGCCUUCCUGAUCAUUUCCCUGGUUUGGAUUCACACGAUUCCGGACAUUGUCGAGUGCCACGUGCUCAUGUGGCUGUUCACAACCGCCCGGUUCGUCCACACCGCCGUCUACGCUUAUUACCCGGUGCCGCAGCCGGCCAGGGGAAUUUGCUUCAUCGUUGGAGUUCUAAUUACGCUCUACAUGAUUGUCAGAAACUUCAUUUAUUUCGCGCAAUUCUUCUAAAUAAAUAAACAAAAAUCGAAAUGUGCUUUUGUAAAAAAAUUG